CCCUUCUUCUUCUUCUUCCUUCUUUUUUUCAUUCUCCUUUCUCUCUCUUCUUUCUCUCUCCUCUCUCUCUGGUUGUUGCAGACAUUUCUGACAGAAUCUCUACCGCCAUAACCUCCGCUCCGUUAGCAUGGCUUUCUCGUUCCGCCGUUUAACCGCUUUCAUUUUCGCAUCUCUCCAUUUACUCGCCAUUUGCAGAGCCGCCACAUUCACCUUCGUUAACCGGUGCGAUUUCACCGUUUGGCCGGGCAUUCUCGCCAAUGCCGGCAAUCCUACCCUCGGCACCACCGGUUUUGAACUCCCCAAGGACACUUCCCGCUCCUUUCUCGCUCCUACUGGUUGGUCCGGUCGUUUCUGGGGCCGAACUACCUGUAACUUCGACGGAUCCGGUUCUGGAUCCUGCGUAACCGGCGACUGCGGUUCCGGUCAAGUCGAGUGCAAUGGCGCUGGAGCUGCCCCGCCGGCUACUCUCGCUGAGUUCACUCUCGGUACUGGCGGGCAGGACUUUUACGAUGUUAGUCUCGUUGAUGGAUAUAAUCUCCCCAUGAUCGUUGAAGGAACCGGCGGGUCCGGUCAGUGUGCUUCGACGGGUUGCUCCACGGAUCUGAACCGUCAAUGUCCGCCGGAGCUGAGAGUUGGGGAAGGAGACGCGUGUAAGAGCGCGUGUGAGGCGUUUGGGACUGCGGAGUAUUGUUGUAGCGGCGCGUACGGUUCACCGAACUCUUGUAAGCCGUCGGUGUACUCGGAAAUGUUCAAAUCUGCUUGUCCGAGGUCGUAUAGCUACGCCUACGACGAUGCUACGAGCACAUUCACUUGUACCGGCGCCGAUUACACCAUUACAUUUUGCCCUUCAUCUCCAAGCCAAAAAUCAUCAAGUUUUCCUACUCCAACAACACCUGAUGCAUCUCAAGAGUAUGGAUCUGAAUCCGGGUUUGAGUCGGGGUCGGGGUCGGAGUAUGGGAUGGGGUAUUCGGGAUCCUCUGGAACGGAUAUGUUAGGGAGAGGUGCGAGUUCAGGAUCGGAGUUGGGGUCGGGGUCAGGGUCGGCGUCGGCGUCGGGAUCUGGGGAAGCUAUGCUAGCAGAUGGGUCAUGGUUGGCUGGUUUGGCUAUGGGAGACGCAGCUAAAACUGUGUCUCCUCCAUCCAUUAUACUGUUUGUUGUAACGUUUAUUGUUAUCUUGUCUUCUGUAUUCUUGUAGCCCUCUCCAAUUUCCCCCCUAUGUUUGGCUUUAGCUUUUGAAGUAAGGAACAUUGAGAAGGAAAGGAUCUCGUCCCCCCCAGCUUGUAAAAUGCCAUCUUCUUGAAUGAUUCAUUUUCUAUUUAGUUUGGAAGUGUUUUAGUU